UUCAGAUCAAUCUGAGAAAUUAUUUAUUUCCUCCUUUUGGUUAAUUUUUGGCAGGGUUCUCAUAAAGAAAAUGUUGGUUGGCUGGUCACACCAGUCAGAUGAGAAAAUUAAAUCCCAGCACUAGAAGAAAGUAUAAAAGAAGCCAAGAUUUCAUUUCAGACAUUGCUGCUUUAAGGAAGGGAAGACUUCAUAACUGAGAUGGAUCUGCAAGAGGCGAAAUAUGGAAUAUGGAAAAUUUUUGCCGUCAGUGUGCUGCUGCUCACACUGUAUCCUGGCCAUGCUGAUGCUGUCAGCUUGAAGGAACAUCUGUCUGACUGUCUGGAGGACAAAGACUACGAAGAGCUGCUGCAGACUGCAGAGAUUGGACUCCCAUAUGUGAAAACACCUCAUCAUGUUGUUAUUGUCGGAGCUGGCAUGGCUGGACUGACGGCUGCCAAGUUACUGCAAGACGCAGGACACGAGGUUACUAUAUUAGAGGCAAGUGGUCGUGUUGGAGGACGUGUGGAGACCUACAGGGAUGAAGAGGGCUGGUAUGCUGAACUUGGAGCCAUGCGGAUCCCAAGUUUUCACGAGAUCGUCCGCUUGUUUGCAAAAAAGCUGGGGGUCGAGCUGAAUAAAUUCGUAAUGAAUGACCCCGAUACCUUUUACCUGGUUAAUGGGGUGCUGGAGAGGACUCAUGCAGUGGAAAAAAAUCCUGAUCUACUGAAGUACAAUGUGGAAAAAAAUGAAAAGGGAAAGUCGGCCGACACACUGCUACAGCAAGCUUUGCAGAAGGUUAAAGAUGAAGUGGCGGCUAAUGGUUGCUGGGCUGCACUGGAAAAAUACGACCGCUAUUCUGUGAAGGAGUAUCUAAAAGAAGAAGCAGGUCUGAGUUCAGAAGCACUGAGAAUGAUUGGAGACCUGCUUAAUGUAGAGAGCCUCAUGUACACAGCGCUGAGCGAGAUCAUAUAUUUCCAGAGUGACAUCAAUGACCAUACUUGGUACGAUGAAGUGACUGGUGGAUCAGACCUACUCCCCAACGCUUUUCUGACUGUCCUCAAUGUCACUCUUUUAUUAAACUCUCCAGUCAAACGCAUCAGCCACUCAGAUAAAGGUGUAAUUGUAUCAUACCAGACAGACAAACAGUCUCCUCUAACUGACCUUCAUGCUGAUGUCGUCCUGGUAACAACCACAGCAAAGGCAGCUCUCUACAUUGACUUUGAGCCAUCUCUUUCCAUCCCAAAGAUGCACGCCCUGAGGGCAGUCCACUAUGAAAGCUCCACUAAAAUCAUCCUCACCUUUAACGAGAUAUUCUGGGAGAGGGAUGGCAUCCAAGGAGGAAAGAGCAUCACCGAUGGGCCCUCUCGUUACAUCUACUACCCCAGCCACAGUUUCCAAACAAAAAAGACUGUUGGUGUCCUCCUGGCCUCCUACACCUGGUCUGAGGACGCCCUCCUCUUCACAGGUGCGAGCGAUGAAGACCUGAAAGAGUUGGUUUUGAGAGAUUUGGCAAAGAUCCAUGGUGAGCGAGUCAAAUCGCUCUGCACAGGGGUAGUGGUAAAGAGGUGGAGCGUGGAUCCUUACAGUUUGGGUGCCUUUGCUCUCUUCACACCGUACCAACAUUUAGAGUACUCUAAGGAGCUCUUCAAGAGUGAAGGCAGCGUGCACUUUGCUGGUGAACACACAGCCUUCCCUCAUGCUUGGAUCGAGACCUCUAUGAAAUCUGCAAUCAGGGCCGCUACAAACAUUAACACAGCGGCACGCAAAGAGUCAGCUGGAACGCGACAGCAGGACGAGCUCUAGGGUUUUAUAUCCCGCUCUUUUAAUUGGUGAUUGUAAUGCUUGGCUAAAGAGUGAGGCUUAUUGUGAUGGGUUUUUUCCAACAUGGGACUCGCUGUGCUGCAUGGCUUUAUCUGUGUUUACUUAACUAUCUAUCUAUCUUAGUCUUAAAUAAACUAUUGUGUUCAGAAUCAGUUAAAUAUCCAAAAUGAGACACACUCUAUGGUCUGGUCAACUGAAUUUAAGCAACCGAAUAUUAUGGUGCUAAUGAAAAGAAAGGUACACUAUGUCUCACUGAUGCAAGAGAAAUGUAUUACAUGUUGAAAUGACACUUUGAUAAAAUAAUAAUCAAUAAAAUAGUAUGUACAAUAUGAAGUGUUUGUUUCGUAAUGACUUAAGUGAGAAAAUGGUAAUGACAAGAAAAUAAACAACUUUAU